AUGUUCGAGUCGUCGUGGCGGACGCGGAACGUGUGGGACGAAGUGAGGCUAGAGAUGUCCGACGACCGCGGUGCGGUAGUGCUGCACAGCUUUACGCAGCUGGAUCCGGAUCUGCCUCUACCGGAGGUGAGGGCCACCCCCAAUUUGAGCUCGACGCAGGAGAUUGGCGAGGAGGUAGAAGAUGACGCCAUCUUCACAAUCACGCUGCGUAAAGUGCAACUGCACCACUCGUCCAGCAAAGGGCAGCGUUGGCUGGGCGUGGAGACGGAUGCCGCCCUCAGCCUGUACGAGACGUGUAAGGUGCGCACCAUCAAGGCAGGGACCCUGGAGAGGCUGGUGGAGUAUAUGGUCACAGCCUUCAAGGGCAAAGACUCCACCUACGUCACCAUCUUCCUCUGCACUUACCGAUCCUUCGCCACAGCCAAGCAGGUGCUUGACCUGCUGCUAAACAGGUAUGCAAGGCUCCAGAAUGUCCCGGCAGCAACUGCGCAUCGUGUCUGCCCAGAUGACAGCACUGAGCUCAGAAACACGGUGUCAUCCAUCUUGGGUGCAUGGCUGGACCAGUAUUCAGAGGACUUCUGGACUCCUCCGGGCUACGACUGCCUUCACCAGCUUUUGUCUUACCUUCAUCUUCAUUUCCCCGGUUCUGACCUGGAACGUCGCGCCCGCAACCUGUUGGCGCAUUUUCACAGGCGGCAGCAAUGUGAACCUGAAACAGACGGCGAACACUUGGGCUGCCCUUUCGCCACGCAGGAGGAGAGCGGCUUUGAGGAUGAGCUGCCCACCUUCAGCUUUCUGUCCUUCGACCCUAUCAUGGUGGCCGAACAGUUCACACUAAUGGACGCGGACCUGUUCAAGAAGGUGGUCCCAUACCACUGCCUGGGGGGCAUCUGGUCCCAGCGCGACAAGAAGGGCAAAGAGCACCUGGCGCCCACCAUACGUGCCACAGUGGCCCAGUUCAACUCAGUCACCAACUGCGUUAUUAGCACCAGCCUCAGCAACACUGCGCUUAAACACAACCAGAGGGCCAGACUCCUAGAGCGCUGGAUCGACGUGGCUCGGGAGUGUCGUAUCCUGAAGAAUUUCUCAUCCCUGCGAGCCAUCCUCUCUGCAUUGCAGUGCAACGCCGUCCACCGCCUGAAACGAGCCUGGGAGGAAGUGUCUCGGGAGAGUUUCCGCACCUUCCGCGAGCUUUCCGAGAUCUUCUCAGACGACAACAACUAUUCACUCAGCCGGGAGCUGCUAGUAAAGGAGGGAACGUCUAAGUUUGCCACUCUGGAGAUGAAUCCCAAACGAGCUCAGAGGAGACACCAGCAGCAGAGAGACCUGGGAGUGAUGCAGGGCACCAUUCCGUACUUGGGGACUUUCCUUACAGACCUGGUCAUGAUGGACACGGCUAUGAAGGACUACACAGAGGGUGGUCUGAUCAAUUUUGAGAAGAGGCGAAAGGAGUUUGAGGUGAUCGCACAGAUCAAACUGCUGCAGUUGGCAUCCAACAACUACAGUUUCACGCAGGACGCACACUUUCGCGAGUGGUUCACUUCCACGGAGAAGCUCAGCGAAGCCGAGAGCUACCAGCUGUCGUGCGACAUCGAGCCGCUCUCCGAGUCGGCCAGCAAUACGUUGCGAGCCAAGAAGAACGGAGGCAUCAUGAAACGAUGGAGCGACCGUCAGCUGGCAGAGGGCUCAUCUGGUUGUGUGGCAACUGGAAGCGGCGGGGCCGUAGGUUCCCACUCAAAGUCCUUCGAUCACGCCCACUUCCGACCAUACCAAGGUGGCGGUGACAGUGGCGACGCCCUCAGCGUCACCUCUGUCAGCUCCAGCGGCUCCGACCUGGAGGACGUCAACACCAGCUUCUUGUCGGACUCGCCCGAGGGUCAUGAGAGGAAGACGUCGACGCCUACGGUGAAACUGUCUGUUUCGGCGCUGGGGAGAGAAGUGCCGGCUGCGGAUGCAACAUCGACGUUCUGGGAGUGCACGUCGCUGUCAUCUCUGGACACAUCGGGCAUGGGCUCCAGCUCUGGCUCGGCGUCGGGUUCCAGCACGGCGUCGUCCUCUUCAGUAUCGUCAUCUGCGGCGCUGUCACUGUCCCUGUCGGCGUCACGCUCGCACAAGCGUUCAGUGUCGGCCGUUUCAAAUUACUCCACGCUGUCGCUGCCCCUCUACAACCAGCAGGUGGAUGACUGCUGCAUCAUACGUGUCAGCCUUGAUGUUGAGAACGGAAACAUGUACAAGAGCAUACUGGUGACCAGUCAGGACAAGACGCCGGCCGUCAUCCGCAAGGCGAUGAUUAAACACAAUCUGGAACGGGAGAAGACAGAAGAUUAUGAGCUGGUCCAGAAAAUCUCGGAGGAUAAAGAGCUUCGCAUCCCCGACAACGCCAAUGUUUUCUAUGCCAUGAACUCCAGCGCCAACUACGACUUUGUACUUAAGAAGCGCGGCCCGGCUCGGCCCGUGCGCACCAAGGCUGUGGCCAGCUCCACGCUGCCCCGCAUGAAACAGAAAGGACUGAAGAUAGCCAAAGGGAUUUUCUGA